AUGCCGCCCAAACAAGAUGUUUUGCUGAUCGAAUCAACUGUUCAAGCUUCCGACCAUGCGCGUUGGAAAGCAGUGGCCGAGAAGUUCAACUUGAAUCUCAUUCGCUACGACUGCGAAUCCACGGAGGAGUUCAAAGAACGCCUAAAACACGGAGGCGCCUAUGACAAAAUCGUUGCCAUUGUCCGUAAUGGCUGGUUGAAGGCUGGCCCGCUCGCCUAUCAGCGACCAUUUGCCACAGAUGUCGUUCCAUAUUAUCCUGACACUCUCAAGCUCAUCUGCUGCAGUGGUCACGGAUAUGACGCAGCUGACACUGAUGCCAUCACGGCCAGAGGCAUCUGGUACUGCAAUACACCUAAUGCAUGCACCGAGGCCGUCGCAAACACAGCUCUCUCUCUGGUGCUAGACUCAUUCAGAUACCUCACUUAUGCGCAAUGGUGCGCGAGGUAUGACUGGUACAAGAGCCGGGACCUGGGACUUGAGGCCGUGGACCCGACUCACAAAUCCUUGGGUAUUGUAGGCCUGGGCGAUAUUGGUCUAGCCGUCGCGCGCAAAUGCGAGGCAGCUUUUGACAUGAGGAUUCACUAUCAAGGCCCACGACGCAAAUUGGAUAUGGAGAAGCUUUUCAAACAACCAGCUACCUACUACUCCUCGGUGGACGAGAUGAUUCCGCAUGUGGAUUGCAUCAUGAUAGCCGCCCCUUACACGGCCUCCACCCACCAUCUGCUUUCCUCGAGGCAAUUUUCACUCGCUAGAAAGAAUGGUUUGCGAGUUGUCAACAUUGCACGGGGUCAAAUGAUCGAUGAGGACGCCUUGUUGGAAGCUUUGGAAAGCGGCAAGGUCGUUGGUGUUGGGCUAGACGUACAUGCGAACGAACCAGGCAUCAACCCAAAGCUCAAGGACAAUUGGCGCGUCACUGUUCUGCCGCAUAUUGGUGUUUGUUCAAGCAGCAGCUGGGAGAACUUUGACAGAAUCAAUCUGGACAAUGUCGAAGCUUUCUUUGAUGCAGGCAAGCCAAUCACGCCAGUCAACAGCGUUAGCUAG